UAGUGUCAGCUGCUGGGUGAUGCGGAGUGUGCCAAGCUGGGAAACAAGUGGAGAGGCCUGACAGGAGGAGAGCCAUCCCUACCUGUCAUACACCUGGCUCACUCACUCCUGUCUGCCCGGGAGAGACAACACAAGCCAAAAUGGAGUCGAUGCUAAACAAACUGAAAAGCACUGUCACAAAGGUGACUGCUGAUGUUACCAGUGCUGUGAUGGGAAACCCUGUGACAAGGGAAUUUGAUGUAGGCAAGCAUAUUGCAAGUGGCGGGAAUGGACUUGCUUGGAAAAUCUUUAAUGGCACCAAGAAAUCUACAAAACAGGAAGUUGCAGUGUUUGUUUUUGACAAAAAAAUAAUCGAUAAGUAUCAAAAAUAUGAAAAGGAUCAGAUUAUAGACUCGCUUAAAAGGGGCGUUCAACAGUUAACCCGACUUCGGCACCCUCGGUUACUAACUGUGCAGCAUCCACUUGAAGAGUCCAGGGAUUGCCUUGCAUUUUGUACCGAACCAGUCUUUGCAAGCCUAGCCAAUGUGCUUGGGAGUUGGGAUAAUCUUCCAUCUCCACUUCCUCCGGAAAUCAGAGAACAUAAACUUUUUGACGCUGAAGCGAAAUAUGGAUUGCUCCAGGUAUCUGAAGGCUUGUCAUUUUUGCAUAGCAGUGUUAAAAUGAUCCAUGCAAACCUAACGCCAGAAAAUAUAAUUUUAAACAAAAGUGGAGCAUGGAAAAUAAUGGGCUUUGAUUUCUGCAAUCCAGCAACUAACCCCUCAGAUCAAGAGGCAAAGUUUGUAUGUAAAGAAUGGGACCCUAAUUUACCGCCUCUGUGUCUGCCAAACCCAGAAUAUCUGGCUCCGGAAUACAUAUUAUCAGUGAGCUGUGACCCGGCUAGUGACAUGUACUCACUGGGAGUUAUUAUUCAUGCAGUAUAUAACAAAGGGAAAACCAUUUUUGAAGUAAACAAGCAAGAUAUUUACAAAAGCUUCAGCAGGCAAUUGGAUCAGCUGAGUCGUUUAAAUCCAAAUGUGCUUGUGAAUAUCCCAGAAGAAGUCAAAGAACAUGUAAAGCUUCUCUUAAAUGUCACUUCUACUGUAAGACCGGAUGCGGAUCAAAUGACAAAGAUACCAUUUUUUGAUGAUGUUGGAGUUGUAACUUUGCAGUACUUUGAUUCCCUCUUUCAACAAGACAAUCUCCAGAAGUCACAAUUUUUUAAAGAGUUACCAAAAGUUCUUCAAAAACUGCCUAAACGCGUGGUUGUACAGCGAAUACUACCAGCAUUAACAUCGGAAUUUGUAAACCCUGACAUGGUGCCCUUUGUUCUUCCCAAUGUUCUGCUGAUUGCAGAAGAAUGCACAAAAGAAGAGUAUACAAAGCUUAUCCUGCCAGACCUGGGGCCUGUUUUCAGGCAACAGGAACCAAUCCAGAUUCUUCUCAUUUUUCUGCAAAAAAUGGAUCUUCUUCUUACAAAGACUCCACCAGAUGAAAUCAGAAAUAGUGUCUUGCCUAUGGUCUACAGGGCUCUCGAAGCCCCUUCAAUACAAAUCCAGGAGCUGUGCCUCAACAUAAUACCAACAUUUGCCAACCUUAUAGAUUACCCAUCUAUGAAGAACUCCCUAAUACCAAGGAUUAAGAAUGCUUGUUUACAAACUUCAUCUCUUGCUGUACGUGUAAAUUCUUUGGUUUGUUUGGGAAAAAUUUUGGAAUACCUGGAUAAGUGGUUUGUAAUUGAUGAACUAUUGCCUUUUUUACAACAAAUUCCAUCACGAGAACCUGCAGUCCUCAUGGGAAUUCUAGGUAUUUACAAAUGUACGUUUACGCAUAAGAAACUUGGUAUUACCAAAGAACAGCUGGCUGGCAAAGUGCUGCCACAUCUUAUUCCUCUUAGUAUUGACAAUAACCUUAAUCUCAGCCAGUUUAAUUCAUUUAUGGCAGUGAUUAAGGAGAUGUUAAACAAAUUAGAAUCUGAACACAAAACCAAACUUGAACAAAUUCAUACUAUGCAAGAACAGCAAAAGUCACUGAAUAUAACAAGCCAGCUCAACCUUAGUACAGAACAACAGCCUGCCAAGUCUGCCAAUCAGACAAACAUUUUUAACAGCAUUGGGCAAGAUUUGCUGUCAGGUGUCAAUGACAAGAAAGAAAAUGGACAUGUACAGAAGCAGCCAGUAAAGGCAUCACUUACACUUGAAGAGAAGCAAAAACUAGCAAAAGAACAGGAGCAAGCACAAAAGUUAAAAAGCCAGCAGCCGCUUACUCCUAGCACAGUUACACCUGUGGCACCUGCAAAACAGACCAAGGACCUGACAGCGACCCUUAUGGAAAACAUGUCAUCCUUGGGUAGUCUUUCAAUUGGUAACUCGAAACCAGCCAUUGGUGGAUUUGCUCCAAUGCCUAACGUGGCUGGAAACAUUGGGUUUCCCACACCAGUUGACAAUAUGAGCGCAAAUAGAAAUAUGCAAAAUGGACUUAACUCAAAUCCAACAUUCAAUCCAUCUGCAUUCACAAUGGGAGCUGGAAAUCCAAACCAAAAUUUCUUCAGCAGUACAGGCCCUAUAGGAAUGAGCAAAGGUACUGCAAUGCCAGUGCCUUCUAACAUGCACAAUUUCAAUUCAUUGGGCAGCGCUCCUGGCAUGCUACAACAGAGCCAGAACAUCAGACCCACUGCUAACAUCUCCUCUUUAGACAAUUUGUUUGGUCCUCAAAAAUCCAAAGUGAGUAUGAACCAAAUGUCUCAACAGAAUCAAAAUCCAUGGCUCAACCAAUUUGUACCCUCACAAAGUUCUCUGGCCCCAAGUGGCCCAGCUGCACAGACUGGCAUAAACAAUCAAGUUGGCUUUGGCACUCAGUCCAACCCAUUUUUCAACCCACAGAGCUUUACUCAGCCAACAAAUGCUAUGAAAAGUAGUAGUUCGGCCAGCAAUGAUCUGAAAGACCUCUUUGGCUAGAUCUCUUUUUACGGUGUCUUUUGUAAUCAUGGAUAACUGUUUGGCAUUUACAUUUGUUUAUGAUCCACCAUUGUACAAUAUAAAUUUUCUCAAAAAUGUUCCCCUAGUUCAGAUUUUGCUGAUUAUUCUACACUUAACUGGGGUUUCUAGCAUACAGACUGCAAGGACAUAACAAUGUAAUAGUAUGGGAUUAUUAAAACAGGCAAGGAACAACUCUUUAACUAUGAUAUAAAUAUAUGAGAUAGCAGUGUAUACUAUAUACACCUAGUGACCCAAUUUUACAUGUACACAAGAAAAUUUAAGAUUUUUAAGAUUCAAAUUGUAUGUUUCUUCUUCCAAAGAAACAUUUUAAUUUUUAGAUUUUUUUUAGUUUUGUGCUCCCAUCUAAACCAUUCUUAUCUGGAGAUUUUUUUGUGGGAAGGGGCAUAGACUAAUAAUUUAAAAACAAAAUUGAUAGUUUUACUGUAUCUUCCUCAGGGCAAGAACAUUUUUACAUACCAAGAUUCAGUUUCCAAAAAAAAAAAUCAAGAGAAUAUAUAUAUAUUAUUUUUUUUUUGCAUUAACUGAACAAAUAAUCUUCACAAAAGCACUUUUGCCCAUCGUUAACAUUUAAAUGAUUGUUUGCACCAACUAGAUAUAAAAAAAAAAAAAAAAAAGAAAUACAUUCCUCAUAUCAUUGUGUGAGCUGCUGUCCCCCCUGCUGAUACAGGGGGACAGUGUGCCUGAUUAAACGGCAACCUUUCUUUCCUGCAGACUCAGAUGUCUGUGUGUGUUUGUCUUUGCACAUUGUAUUUAAAAGCGUAUUUUUACUUUAUAAAUAAAUUGUGAUGUCAUUUUAA